AUGGCGCCUGGGAAAACGCACGUGAAAGAUUCGAAAAAGAGUAAACAGUUUCAAGUAAAAAAGGGGAAUAUCUCUGGCAUCAAAAAGGCAAAGACCAGCAAUGCUCCCAAAAAGAAGGUUAGAAAUCUACAUUUGGUAAAAGCAGAGGGACGCCAAAUAGCUUUUACUUAGUAUUAAUGAAUGGAUGGCAGGCGCGGAUCCGGUAUCCGGUCACCUCCCCACCAAACCAUCUCGCCACCAACGAAAUCGCCACCAAGAUAUACAUUGUAUAUAUCUUAAUUAAUACUUAUCGAAAGGAGAAGUCUCGAAAAAAAAUUCUUUCACUUUCAAUUUACAAUGAAAGGAGGUAAGGUUCAAGUGACGAUAUUAACCAACUUUCAGAAGAAAGGCUGUUGGAUUUUAAACAAAUCGCGAUCGCACCUUAAAUGAGCCGUAUUAAGGUGUUAAAAAGUCGCAAUUAUUGACAAAAACUGAAACAGAGAUAUACCGUUUUUACACCAAGUACAAAAUAACUAUAAAUCAUUCCUCUAGUACGGUGACGAUCGUGUGAUUUAACCAAGUAUAUAUCUUUUAUUUGACAUAACCCAGCUAAAAGAGAGAACUUGGCAGCAGAUUGAAGAAAUUAACAAGAAUUUCACAGAUGUCUUACAUACAACACUGAUCAAAGAUUCGAGCCAGGCUGCCAAUCCGAAAUGUGCAAGUGCAGGAAAGGAAGCCUGUUCACAGGUGAGAAAGUGAGAAUGUUUGGCAUGGGAAGAUCCUAGUGGGGGGGUACUUCCUUAUAAGAGGCUAAUGGGGAUGUACUGCUGGAUGGGGUCGCAUUUUCAUGACUGGAUUGACUAUAAUCGGGUCACAUUUCAAUAGAGUUUCAAGAAUGGUGGCGCAUUUUUGGAUUAUGGGGGUAAGACGGUUCUUCAUAUUUAUGGUUAGCGAACGUUCCAGAAUGUUUGUAGCGCAGAUGAAAAGUAAAGUGCUCUUCAUUCAAUGUAAAAAAUGGGUCAAGUCAUAAAAAUAGAAAGUGACUAAGUUGGGAUCAUGAAAAUUACAUAUUUGCCCAAAAGUGACUAAGCCGGGGUCUGUAAUAUUAUUGGCCACAAAAUAGACUAUAAAUGGGUAAGGCUCUGAGAGGGCAGCAGCACAAACCCAGCAAAAAUUAACCCAAGUACCCCCCUGGGGGGAAAGAUGAGCAAGGAAAAAGCUGCUGAUCCAGUAAAAGUGAAGUCACUUUAGAAGGGUUGCCUUUGUUUGGUUUUAAUUUUCUACUUGUUGGGUUGUAUACUCAGGGGGUCCCCUCCCUUAUCCUAAGAGAGGGGUAUAGGAAAGUGGGUCCCUUCCCAUCAUUUUCAGACCCAAACAAGGCCUGCAGAACACCCCUCUUACCUCCAGGUCUGUGAUGAAGACAAACAAGAAGAGUAAGGCUCUGAGUUAUAGAGCACCCAGCCUGUAUCACAUUUCUUGUCUGUCUUUUGUUUGCCUGUGUUAUGUUGUAACUGAAUGUUCUAGAAGCUUAGAACUGAUGAUGUUUGUAGAAAUUGAUGAGCUAGGCCUGUUUGCAAUACUUCAGUAAGCACUCAGUGGCAAAAAGUGCAGCAAACAUGAAAGCUUUAUCAAUGUUUUAAUGCGGGACAAGAACAUAAAAGAUCAUGAAGUUUUCUUAAGCUCAGUGUAAAAAUUCACUCAAAGUCAUUAAUAUUAUUACAUAUAUAAUAUUACCUUCAAACAGAUCACUGAAAGGGCAUCAAUUACAGCAGUUUCAGAUGUUUCUCAAGAUGAACUCACAAAGACUGUUGAAAACAUUGCAAAUCUAUAGCUAAUAGCCAAACAAUGCCUCUGUGUAUAACACAUAUCGCAGAUGAGAUGUUUAAAACUUUGCAUCAAAGUUGAUCAAAUCAUCCCAGAGUAAGACCUGAUCCCUAGCAACAAAUGAUCAGAAUCAAGAAUGUCUUGGACUUUCCCCUCAUGCUUAGAGGGAAUAUGGUUGGACAUACUAUCUCCUACUAAUGUUCUUUGACCUGUACAAAAACCAGUCUUAAAAUAGAACUAAUAUACAGUCAUCACCUUUAUCACAAUAAUGGUCUAAUCACCUUUAAGGCCUAAUGUAUGCUCAAAAAAGGUCUUACUCAAUUCAAGCAGUCUUCCUCAAGUGCGCCAAAAUCAAGCGAGUGUAAGAAAGGCAGUGCUGGUAGUGUGACAUUGUGAAUGUUCAAUUCAAUUUGUUAUAAACAGAGAAAUAUGUUCCUUGUAAUCCAACAAUUUAAGACAAUAUUGAGGGGAGUUCAACAAUAAACUUCAAUGUACCAAGUGUUGCCAGUGUAGCAACUGCUAAAAGAAAUUUUUAAAAUGCUUUUGGUAAAUGUAGAAGUUGUUAUCUUCCAAGGGUUGGAUUAAAAUGGUAUUUUUGUUUGCGACAAAGCUUAUGAUUUUACAAAUUGCGUUGCAUUUUGCUUCUUAAAAUGUCAUUAUCACUUGAAGUUCUUUUGAAUGGACAAGAGCAUUUUAAAGGUACUGCUUUUCAAUGAAAAUGCAAUCAUACUGGACAAGGCUGUGCUUUUGUUCCUGGCCAGAAAUAUUUGUCUUUGUUUUAUAGAAAUCAUAUGCUGAGUACCCUGGAAUUCACAGGUUCAGCGCCCCGGGCUCCCUUCAAUAUUUCUUAGAGCACAGCCUCGCUAGAAUUGCUUCCACGUUUUCGUAAAAAUAUUCUUAAUGACUAUCUUGUACAAAUUGCAGUUAGUAAGAUUUAUUUUUCUUUUUGACCAAGAUUCAUCAUCAUCAUCAUCAUCAUAUCUCAUCGCGCCGUUAGGUGCAUAAGCCUCACUGACCAAGAUUAUGAAGCAUAAAAACGACUUCCUUCAGGUUUCUUAUCAGGGAAUUCAAUAAAAGUGGAACUUUCUUAUUUAAAGGAGGAAAAUCUACUAUGUUUUUAUUGCAAUUAGUUAAUAAACGACUUUUUGUUACUCGACC